AUGGCUUGGGCAAAAACAACAAGAGUCGGAUGUGGAUUUGCCGUAUGUCCUCACCAAGGAUCCUCUGCUGCGUUUGUUGUUUGCCAGUAUCAAGAACUGUACGUCUCAAACAUACUGAACAUUGAUAAAAGAACUACUAUUUGUAUUCCUCCUAGCACCAUUCAUAUGGCAACAUUUUCAAUCAGCCAAUUUAUGAACCGGGAAACCCAUGUGCAAACGAUGCUGACU